CGUCAGAAACAGUACAAAGGCAUUGCCACGUAAUUACAGGCUCCUAUUAGGUCGAUCUGCCCUCCCAGGGGUCUCAAAUUUUCAUUUAUUCCCCGUUCAGGCUUCCUCUUCGUGCCAGUGUGCGUCGUUUGAAGUACCAUAGAGCCUCCUGAUUCAACAGAGGGAAGAACUGGCUUCAAAAAGCAGCAUCCAACCUUCCUCCAGUGAGCGUAAAGCCAUAGAUUACUCACAUGCGCAUCUGUUAGACAUCAUCUUUCCUGCAACCGUAGCCAUUCACGGUCGUGAGUCAACAGGGGGAAGAGGAAAACUCAGAAGAUGGUGUAAGCUCCAGAGCCGAGGCAGUGUAAAACGAAUGGUGUAUGCUGGGUGUUCGGAAUUUCCUUUAGUGGACAACGGCUGAAGUUUAUAGUUUCCAAACGAAGAAAAGUUGUUCCAAAACGUCGAGUGCUGAAAGAACGUCAUUCCAUCUGGAUGUGUAAAUCCAUGAGCUCUGCUUUACAACAAAAAACGAAGCUUUGUUGAUUGGUUUGGAGGCGCUGUUUUUACUUUUUGUAUGCAAGGAAUAAUUUGGCUCGCCUAUUAUUGCUCAGUUUUUCCCUUCUGUAUUCUAUUUGCGUCAUGACUUCUAGUUAUGCACAUGCAAUGGACGGACAACCAACGAUAUCCAACCGCCUGGAGAGUCCAAUUACAUCAAAUCUGGAAAACCUACAGGCUAAAAAGAACUUCUCUGUAAGCCACCUGUUGGAUCUGGAGGAGGCGGGGGAGAUGGUUGGGACACAGACGGACGAGAGUACCGGUGAGGCGGGACGGAGUUUGCUGGAGUCUCCGGGGCUGACUAGCGGCAGCGAUACUACGCUGCAGGAGAAUGAGCUGCUGACUUCUGCAGAGAAGAAGAAGAGGAAAGAGCGUCGGAACAGGACGACCUUCAACAGCAGCCAGCUGCAGGCUCUGGAGCGGGUGUUCGAGAGGACGCACUACCCCGACGCCUUCGUCAGAGAGGACCUAGCGCGCCGGGUCAACCUCACCGAGGCGCGCGUGCAGGUGUGGUUUCAGAACAGACGGGCUAAGUUUCGCCGGAAUGAACGAGCAAUGCUGGCCAGCAAGAACGCCUCUCUCCUCAAGUCCUACUCUGGAGAACUGACCGCGGUGGAGCAGCCUAUCGUACCGCGGCCUGCUCCACGACCAAACGACUACCUAUCCUGGGGCAGCACCUCCCCGUACAGCUGGUAUCCAAUGCCGGAGGGAGCGCCAAUGCGAGUACCACAGAAAAUGCUGCCCACAGAAAGCAACGCCGUGGCUACCUACCCACCCACAUGUUCCAGCACCAAUACCGCCCAGGGAAUGAACAUGGCCAACAGCAUCGCUAACCUGCGUCUGAAAGCCAAGGAGUACAGCCUGAACCAGGUGCCCACUGUCAACUGAGGAGGAGGGAGGGGCUCUGGCGCCAGGGGGAGAGGUGGGGCUGGGGACCCCUCUUCCCUGACAAGAUCCGCAAACGUCCCGAGUCGGGCAGCCAGCCGUCCCUCCGGAAUUACAACCGAAGCUUCCUCUAGCCGGCGCCGCCAUCUCCACGGUGAACGCGUGUUCUUACCCUGCAUCAGACGGGACAGAAGUACAGAGCGAAAACCGAUAGGUUUGAGAACAUUUUACUCUGAACGUUUAAGAAUCUGUUCGUCCACGUUGGUCAGUGAAAAACUUUGGACACCGUGAUGUGUUUUUUUUUUGUUUUUUUCAAUUUGGUUUUUGAACUGGACAAAAAUUCAUUUAUACAAAACAGGAGCAUAUUGUUACUACCCUCGAAUAUUUUAAGCUGAGAUACGGCCACUUGUGUACGCUGCAGUAGUCGCAGCCAAAGCGAUCGCCGGUGUUCUCAGGAGCCUCCUGGAUAGGAAAAGCAGGCCGUGCUCAGCUCAGACUGGCGUCUCCUUAACACGCAAACACAGCACCAGAGCAACAUCAGCGGAAAAAGGAGAAGUGCUAGGAUUUUCAGACAGCAAAGAUGACGACUUUCUCCAGUAGAUAUACUGAGAACUUCCAAACAUUUUUGUAUUUUAUUCUUUUUUUUUCAUUUAUACCACUGACAAUCAAAUGUCAUCCAUGCAUUAUGGUUCAUAUAAUGUACACUAUACAGGCAAGCUAACUCAUGUAACUCAUUUUGAACCAAAGGACCUAGUUGCUUUUUCUGUCUUUGUAUAAUAUCGCUAUUUGUAACAGAAAACCCUAUAUUAUAAUAAAAUACAGUUCAACUAAUAUUAUGAACAUUUGUUAUACUCCAGAACAGAAGCAGAGCAGCCCUGCAGGCUUUGAUAUUGGAUCACAAAGAUUUACACAUGUUUAUAGGUUCACACAGCUAUAUGGGAAACCAGUGGUUAUUUGUUGAAGUGCACUUUGUAUAAAUCUACCAUUUCAGAGCUAUUACUCCAUUAAACUGCAGCAUCU